AUGGGUAGCAUAACAACAACUUCUUUUCAAGAUCCCUUCCAGGGUAUCCCAGCGGCCCGAGCACCAGAUGGUCUCGCGGCUCUUGUUUGGCAGUUCCGAGCGGAUACUGAUCCCAACAGAACUGAUCUCCUCGUGGGUGUGUACAAAACGGAGGAAGGGAAAGCGUAUGUGUUGCCAAGUGUGAAAGAGGCAAAGAACAGAAUAUUCAACGACCCCGAUUGGCAUCACGAGUAUCGUCCUUCCGCUGUGGGUUCCCAGCUUUACAGGGAAUUGAGUGCCAAUCUGCUUUUCGGCGCAGAUCAUCGUCUUUUGCGAGAGAAAAGAAUAGUUUCAGCCCAGACUCUCGGCGCAAGUGGCGGAUGCCAUGUCGGCGCAGUGUUUUUGAAAAAUAAUUAUGGACCGUGGAAGGAGAAUGGGAACGCCGAGAUUUUCCUUCCGAGCGAUACCUGGUUGAAUCAUCCUUUCGUAUUCCAAUCCCAGGGAAUUAAGCCCAGUCUUCUGCCUUAUUUUAGCAGCAAGACAAACACCUUUGAUUUCCAGAAGUUUUCAGAGGCCAUCAAAUCCUUGCCAACUCAAUCCGUGGUUCUUCUCCAGUCUGGAGCUCAGAACCCAACUGGAUGUGAUCCAUCACUAGAUCAGUGGCGAGAGCUGGCCUCAAUCUUCUUGGAGCGCGGUCACUUGGCAUUCUUUGAUGCUGCGUAUCCCGGUUUUGCCUCGGGAGACAUUGAUACAGAUCUUCAGGGUGCUCGUUUGUUUGCCGAGCAGGAAGUCCCACUCGUAUUUGUUUCCACAUACGGAAAGGCCUUUGGUCUCUACAGCGAGCGCGUUGGAGUUCUCUCGGUUCUCGUUCCAAAUGAGGAAACAGGAAAGAGAGUGGAAGCGCAAUUGAGUCUACUUGCACGAGCAGAAUCCGGCGCGCCGCCCGAUUUCGGGUCCAAGAUUGUUGAAACGGUACUGUCAGAUGAGGCUUUGCAGCGCCAAUGGCGACAGGAAGUGCGCGAUAUGGCGAACCAGCUCAAGCACCGUCGAGCUGCGCUAAGGGAGGCCUUGGAGAAAUUUGAAACACCAGGUAGCUGGCGGCAUAUUACUGAACAAAACGGAAUGUUUUCAUAUGUUGGACUCUCUGUGGAGCAAGUCACUCUGCUCCGAGAGAAGCACCAUGUUUAUCUUCAGCACUCUGGGAGAAUUUCUAUCGCUGGGCUCAAUGACUCCAAUAUCGAAUACACUGCUCGCAGUAUCAGCGAUGUCGUCAAGGCUACAGUCUAA